CCCUACAAAGCUUGAGGAUUCUCAGUUUAAUCUCUCCUCGCUCGCUGGUUGUACCGUUUGCUUCGAAAUACUAGCCCUAAUUACGAAACCCUAAGUGUAGAUGUCUUCUUCUUCGGGGCAGCCUCAGUUCCGGUAUACGCAGACGCCGUCGAAGGUGCUGCACUUGCGUAACCUUCCAUGGGAAUGCACUGAAGAAGAGCUCGUCGAACUCUGCAAGCCUUUUGGCAAGAUCGUCAAUACCAAAUGCAACGUUGGUGCCAAUCGGAACCAGGCCUUUGUUGAAUUCGCAGAUUUGAAUCAAGCAAUCUCAAUGGUUUCAUAUUAUGCUAGUUCAUCUGAACCUGCUCAGGUUCGUGGUAAGACUGUAUAUAUUCAAUACUCAAAUAGGCAAGAAAUUGUCAAUAACAAGAGCUCUGGAGAUGUUGCUGGGAAUGUGUUGCUGGUUACGAUUGAGGGCGUAGAAGCUGGAGAUGUCAGCAUAGAUGUUAUUCACUUGCAGGUCCAUGUUAACUCGGAGAAAACCUCGUUGUCAGCGUACUGCAUUGGGAGAAAUAACACGUGCCUUACGCAACUUGUGUUUCAGGUCUUUUCCGCUUUUGGGUUUGUGCACAAAAUUGCAACUUUUGAAAAGGCUGCUGGAUUUCAGGCAUUAAUCCAGUUUAGUGAUGCCGAGACUGCAUCUGCUGCACGUAAUGCAUUGGAUGGCAGAAGUAUUCCCAGAUACUUGCUUCCAGAGCAUGUUGGAUCAUGUCACUUGCGUAUCUCAUUUUCUGCUCAUACUGAUUUGAAUAUCAAGUUUCAAUCUCAUCGUAGCAGGGACUACACAAAUCCUUAUCUUCCUGUAAAUCCUUCUGCCAUUGAGGGAACCAUGCAGUCUACGUUGGGUCCAGAUGGGAAGAAAAAAGAACCUGAGAGUAACGUGCUUCUUGCUUCAAUCGAGAAUAUGCAAUAUGCUGUCACAGUUGAUGUUCUUCACACGGUAUUUUCAGCGUUUGGUACUGUCCAGAAAAUAGCGAUAUUUGAGAAGAAUGGUGGAAUGCAAGCGCUAGUUCAAUACCCUGACGUCACAACUGCUGCUGUUGCUAAAGAAGCUUUGGAAGGACAUAGCAUCUAUGAUGGUGGCUACUGUAAGCUUCAUCUGUCAUACUCUCGUCAUACUGAUCUCAAUGUAAAGGCUCACAAUGACAGAAGUAGGGAUUAUACAAUCCCUGAUACAGGAUUGCUGCCAAUGCAACAAGCUGCUGCUAUACCUACUGCUACAGGUGGUUGGCAAAGUCAGGCUGGCCCGUUAUAUCCUGGUAAUGAAUAUGCUGUAGGUGCACAGACUUCAGUUCCAGAUGGACAAGUAGCACCGUGGGAUCCUAACAUGCAAGCAGGCAGACAAACUUUUGUAUCGGUUCCGAGCACAUUUCCUGGUCAAACAUACUCACCUACUGGUGUUACUCCAUAUGCUCCUGCAGGAAGUCUUCUGGGCUCCUCUCCUCUCCCGCAGCCUCAGGCUUCUAUGAGAUUGUCUCAAUAUGGUGCUCAUCCAAAUGCUCGCCCUUCUAGUGCACCACUCGCAGGGCAGCCUCCAUAUUAUGGCCAAUAAGCAUUGCAUCACUUCUGCUACUCUCAUUUUGACUGAUGACUUCUGGAAGUGGAAUGUGAAUACAAAGUGAAGGCUUCUUUGUGUAAACUUCUUGUUAGCCUUCUGAUUCGACUGCCAUCUGCCCUUAAAACUUUUUUUUAAAUGGAAAUAUACUGUAUUUACAUUUUAAUGUUAUUGCAUUAGAAUUUUUUCUCGUUUUUGUGUGA